CUUCUCUCUGAUUCUCGAAUUCCACAUUUCAAAGCUAUGGCGGAUACUGUAGAGAAAGUUCCCACCGUUGAGUCAUCUUCAUCGUCCUCCGUUGAAGCAUCUAUUAGCACCGAGAAGACUGAGCCCACGACGGAGAAGAAAAAGUGGGGCGAUGUUGAGGAUGAUGAUGAUGAAGAAGAAGCAGUAUCGGAGCUUAAUUCUUUGAGCAUUAAGGAAGAAGAGAAACGUGAUUCUGUGCUUGAGGAACCUGAAGAUUCAAACAUCAAAGCUGUUACUUCUGGUGACACGCCAUAUACAUCAGCAAGUAGAUUUGAAGACUUGAACUUGUCACCUGAAUUGAUGAAAGGCUUGUAUGUUGAGAUGAAAUUCGAAAAGCCGAGCAAGAUCCAAGCAAUCAGUUUGCCGAUGAUUAUGACGCCGCCUCACAAGCAUUUGAUUGCCCAGGCGCAUAACGGAUCUGGAAAGACGACUUGUUUCGUUCUUGGAAUGUUGAGUCGGGUUGAUCCGACACUGAGAGAGCCUCAAGCGCUCUGUAUUUGUCCCACUAGAGAAUUAGCUAAUCAGAAUAUGGAAGUUCUUCAGAAGAUGGGGAAGUAUACUGGGAUCACUGCUGAGUUGGCUGUGCCAGAGUCAACGAGAGGCGCAUCACCGGCCCCAAGACGAGCUCCUGUUUCUGCUCAUGUUGUGAUUGGUACCCCUGGAACGCUUAAGAAGUGGAUGGCUUUUAAGAAACUAGGUCUAAAUCAUCUGAAGAUUCUGGUUUUUGAUGAGGCUGACCAUAUGCUUGCUACGGAUGGCUUUAGGGAUGAUUCCUUGAAGAUAAUGAAAGACAUUGGGAGAGUUAAUCCCAAUUUCCAGGUUCUUCUUUUCUCGGCAACUUUUAACGAAACUGUCAAAGAUUUUGUUGCAAGGACAGUCAAAGAUCCCAACCAAUUGUUUGUCAAAAGAGAGGAUCUGGCUUUGGACUCAGUGAAGCAGUAUAAAGUUGUUUGUCCAAAGGAGCAAAACAAGAUCGAAGUCAUCAAGGAUCAGAUUAUGGAGCUUGGGGAUAUUGGGCAAACCAUUAUCUUUGUGAAAACAAAAGCGUCUGCUCACAAGGUACACAAAGCCCUUGCGGAAAUGGGAUAUGACGUUACCAGUGUCCAUGGUAAUCUGUCUGAAUCGGACAGGGAUAAGAUAGUUAAAGAGUUUAAAGAUUGCCUUACUCAAGUGCUCAUUGCUACCGAUGUCAUUGCAAGAGGUUUUGACCAACAGCGGGUGAAUUUGGUUGUCAAUUAUAAUCUUCCCACUAAAUAUGACACCGGAGAGCCAGAUUAUGAGGUGUACCUUCACAGGGUUGGGAGAGCUGGCCGGUUUGGUCGUAAAGGAGCGGUAUUCAACUUGCUGCUUGAUGAUGGCUGGGAUAAAGAGGUGAUGGAGAAGAUCGAGAAGUAUUUUGAAGCAAAUGUUAAGGAGAUCAAGUCGUGGAACUCAGAGGAAGAGUAUAAGAGUGCAUUAAAGGAAGCUGGCCUGCUCGGCGAGUGAGGAAGAGAGAGACAGAUGUGUUCAAAACAUCUUAAAGACUAUGUCGUCUGUUUUCUGAGAUUGCUUAAGAAAGAAACUUGUAUACGUCUUUGUGGUUUUCUUGUAAUCUUUUUAUCAGAUUACUGAGAUUUUCAAGCUUUG